AUGUGUAGUCCUACCCGUGAACCAGCAGAUCAAUAAUGUCUGCCGAACUCGGGAGUAGCGAGUCCACGGAAAGAGGGGGAUGCAGCACAAACGAAAUAGUCCUGUUCGUCGUCCCUCCCGCUGCCCUUUUCUUGUUACACAUCGCCGGCGCCACCAUUAAUCGUUUGCGGGGUUUCGAUAGAGCUUCUUUUGCUCGAAUGAGCUGCUAAUUCGGCUUCUUGUCCCAGCGGGCUAGCAGUGGUGGCAACAAUGACGGCUAACAGGACUAACAGUAUGGGCAGCGAGGAUGAAGUGUACGCUCUUGUUCAAAGGUAUGGCGCAUCAACAAUUUUUACUCUUCUUCAAGAAAUUUCUCUGGCUGCUGAAAAAGAUGUAACAAUAGAUUGGAGGACACUUGUUAAGGCCACUUCCACUGGAAUCUCUAAUGCUCAAGAAUAUCAAAUGUUAUGGCGACAUUUGGCCUACAGGGUCCCCUUAGAAAAAGUUGAAGAUGGGGGUGAUCCAUUGUCUGAUGAAAGUGAUUUGGAAUUCGAGUUAGAAGCUACUCCCAAUCUAAGUGAAGAAUUAUCAACGGAGGUGGAUUGUUGUGUCAAGGUUAUACUUUCAUCUGGUGCAGGGGAUGAUUGUAGUCCAGUUGCUUUAAAUGUUGAAGCUCCUUCAACUACAGACACGCCUAUUGAGCAAGUUUCAGUGUUUCCAUCAGAUAAACAUUACUUUGGUCGGUAUAACCGAGCUGCACCAUAUGGUGCCGUUCUCAAUGGCCAAAAGCAGCUAUUGUCAACUGGACUUUCUAAUGAAGGCUUGGAUGGAAAUGGCUCAUUUCCUGAAAAAAAGAAGAGAAAGUUGUGGACUAAAGAGGAGGAUUCAGAACUAAUAGCUGCUGUUGAGAAAUUUGGUGAAGGCAAUUGGGCUAAUAUUCUAAAAGGAGAUUUUAAACAUGAUAGAACUGCAUCACAGUUAUCUCAGAGGUGGGCAAUCAUCCGAAAGCGCCAGACAACUUCUAAGCAAAGCAAUGGAAGCAAAGCAAGGUCUGAGGAGAUGUUGGCAGCACAGAAAGCAUUUUCUAUGGCUUUAAAUAUGCCCAUGUCUGGAAGCUUGUCAACAUUACUUUCAGGGGUUACACAUUCAUCCACAUCCAUAGCUGGAGGAACAUCUGGAGGAACAGGUGCAAUGGUUGAUGAAUCACAGCCUCCUGCUUCUCAAGCUUCUAAACCAAACCCGCAACCAAUCACCACCACUGAAACCUCCUCUCAGAAACCAUCCGCAAACCCUUCAAAUAAGCCCCGAACCACCCUGAAGAAGCCUCCAUCACCCCAAAUGAAGCCCUCCAUCUGCCCAAAUCCUCUUAUAAAAGCCGCCGCCUUUGCCGCCGGUCUCACAGGUUCGUCAGUUACCGGUACUUUAUCCUCCUCCUCGGCAUCCGCUUCCACCACCACCGCCGCCACCGCCGCCAUGACGGGAACUCAUGCUCUUAACACAAGGUUUUCCCUUCCUCCAUCCAAGGUUUCCCAAGUUCAAUCAGGCUUAGCAAAAGCUUCGUCUCUGCCUCCGAACACGUCAAUGCUGCAGCAGCAGCCGUCGUCGGAGUCGAAACUAGCGAGCUGUGGUCCGCACGUAAAUGGAAAGAGGCGGCGAAGCAUUGUUAGCUCCGCCAUUGAUGUCGACGAGCUGUUAGCUGAAGAGGCUAGAGGUGAAGCGGACGACAAAGCGUCUGAUAAAUUGGUUCAGGCCACUGAUAUUGAUGUUUCGCCGAUCUGCGACGGGGAGAUAAAUGAUAGCGAAUGCAUUGAAACUGAAAAAGUUCAGAACAAGAACUUGAAAGAAGAAGAAUUAAGAGAAGUUAGGGAUAGUGGUGAGGUUAUGGAUUUAGGUGAUUCUAGGAUGGAUGAGGAGCUGAUUUUUAAGGAUGAGGGAAAAUUUGGAGAUGAAGUUGUGAGUUGA